AUGAUGUCGAAAGAUGGAGAAAUCCGCCGCGAUGAGACGUGUAUCGACUAUGCUGGUGAAAAUGUGAUGGUGUUCCCUUGUCACGGUAUGAAAGGAAAUCAAGAAUGGCGGUACAAUCACCAGACUGGUCGCCUAUAUCAUGCGGUGUCGCAGAAGUGUCUGGAAAUGACAAAGGAUGGUGCUAAGCUGGAAAUGAAGCCAUGCGAUGACACGAACAAAUACCAACACUGGCGAUUCAAAGAGUACAAUGAGGACAAAGUCAAACAAUACGGGGUUAUCAUACCUUGA